AGUAGUCCCAAUUAACCUCCCUCCCAUUCUGCAUUAUUCCAAUUUCCAAGCAAACCCCUUUUUGGGACAAAGAAUUUCCUUCCUCCCAUUUUCUCUGCAUUGUCUUCGCGAAUUCUGCGGAAUGCCGCGCUUUUCUGCGGUUUUCAUCGCCGUCUUCGCCCUCUGCGUCUACCCGUCGGUCCUGCUAGCCGGAGACGAAGGGCGGGAGGUUUGCGCCGUGACAGCGCCGUCGUCAUCGUGCCCUGUUACGUGUUUCCGGGCCGACCCGGUAUGCGGCGUGGACGGCGUGACGUACUGGUGCGGGUGCGCAGAGGCGGCAUGCGGCGGCGUGAAGGUUGCGAAAUUGGGGUUCUGCGGAGUGGGGAAUGGGGGUGCGGGGCCUGUCUCUGCUCAGGCACUUCUUCUGUUGCAUAUAGUGUGGCUCAUUGUGUUAGCCUUCUUCGUCUGCUUUGGGCUUUUUUAAUCCCUCACUCUUUGUCUGUUUAGGAGUAUGUUACUGUUCAGGAAUAGUGGAAAACUGGAAAUGGAAUUACAUGUUUUCUUUUCCAUUUAAAAAAUGGUGCUUGAAUGAAGAAAAAUAUAUUCAUCCAUGUGCAACACCAACUGGUUGUGUUGGUGUUGCACAUGGAGAUAAUAAGAGAAAGGAAGGUUUUUGUUUAAGGUAAAUAUAUUGAAAUGAAGUACAAAGGUGAAUAAAUUCUAGA